AUGUUGGCUGCAAAUUUGAAGUUGAAGCUUGAAUAUGAAAAGGUUAAACCUCCUACAACUGCUCUUAUAAUUGCAAAAGAAUAUAGAACUCGAAAUUAUGACAUGUACGUAUCGAAAAUAUGCGAUAGAGUGGAUGGCGAUCUUCAAACUCAGAAUACUUUUGGAUUAACACAAGAUAAAUUGGUUUUUAUCGCUCCUAAUCUGAUAAAUCUGAAAAAAAAAAUGGCCGAUACUACAAGCUCUGCUUCCGAGAGUUACUGCCAAACUCCUCAGGAGAAUGUAGAACUUGAAGUAGUAGGAGAAGAAAUUCAGAAAAAUGUAGUUGAAGAAUAUAGAAAUAAUGUUGAAAUAUGUACCAAUACAAUUUUAGAAUCAUAUUUUAACCUCGAGGAUGUUAUUAUUCUUGUUAAUACAAAUAUUAAAACUAAAUAUCCUGUGACACAAUACUGUACGAAUUUAAAAAUAAAAAAAUUAAUCAACAGAAAACAACCUGAUUUAUAUAUAAUAUCAGGACCUACAUCUCAAGCUCUAGAAGUCUUAUAUUCUUCAGCACUACUGAUUUCUCAAAAGAAGUUUAUUAUAUUUGUAGACAAAAUUAGUACAGAUUUUCUAGAAAUUCUAGAUAAAUACUUCAUUUAUAACGUCCUGAUUGUAACAACUAACAAUUAUUCAGUAUUCAGUUUAAGUUGUUCAUCAUUCGGAAAAUUAUACAGCGUUCUAAUAGGUUCGUGUUCCAAAUUAAUCUUCGAAAAAAGAGUAUUUCAAGGCUGCAUCAAACCUCUUAAUAAUCUCAGAGUGCUAUAUGCAGUUACACCUCCGUACGUCAUUAGCAGUUCUACAGGAACCCAUAUAGAGUUGGUAAACAUGGUGGCUGCAAAUUUGAAAUUAAAGCUGAAAUAUAAAAAGGUUAAACCUCCUCCAACUGCUUUUGUAGUUGCGGAAGAAUUUAAAACUCGAAACUUUGACAUGUACGUAUCGAAAAUAAGCGAUAGGGUGCAUGGCGAUCCUACAAUUCAAACCACUUUUGGAUUAACACAAGAUAAAUUAGUUUUUAUUACUCCUAAUCUGGUAAAGUACAAUAGAUGGGCAAUUUUUACUAAGGAAUAUAGUCGCCUUGUAUGGUGGCUUUUAUGUGGAUUAUUUGUGCUUUUAUAUACUUCAUUUUAUUUCGUAUCGUACUUAUUUAAUGAUAGAAAUGUUGGAUCUAUAUUAUAUAUCCUUUUGAGUGUUCUCUUCGAAGGCAGUGCAAUUAUCUAUGCAAAAACAUUAUCAUUUAAAGUUUUAUUUUUAAAUUACCUUAUCUUUAGUUUGAUCAUCACCACUGUUUACAAAAGCAAAAUGUUCGAUUUAAUGAUAGCCGAUAAUAGUUUCCAACUCAUAAAUUCUAGAGCUGAUAUUUUAACUUCUUCAUUAGCGAUUGCUUUUCCAGAUCCAAACAUCGUUGAAAUGUUCAAAGUUUCUACUGAUCCAAUUGAAUUGGGUAUGUCAAAAGCAAAUAUCGUGUAUUGUUUACGGGAUUACUGGGAAUGUGUUAACAAAACUGCUUUUGAUAAAAAUUUAAUUACAUCCAGAUUAGUUAAACAGUUACAGUAUUACGUUCCAAUCUAUUACCUUGAUGAAGAUGGUAAAUCGAUGCUGAAUAUUUUGCAUAAUGAUCAUUAUGAUAUGCUGUAUUUAGUUAUAGUUUUCCGAUUGGGACAUCCUAUAUUUACAGUAUUUAACAAGAAAUUGAUGUACUUGUAUGAGACCGGCUUUGUGAAAUACAUUUCUGAUAAUUUUGAAAGAGAAUAUAAGAAAGCAAUGUACCUUGCUAAGGAGAAAAGUUCAUGUAAACCGUUGACUUUAAAAGUCUACCAAACUACCUUUAUUAUUUACUUUUGUUGUGUUGUAAUUUGUUUUGUUGUAUUUUGCUUAGAAUUUCUUGUAUUUUUGUAA